AGUUUCAUCGUGACUUUCACUACGGAAGCAUUUUAAUUCGUGAGGUUUCCGCGUCAAUCGAUUUUUCUCUUUUUAAUUGUGAAACUUUAUUUCUUUAAUGUGCCUGGAAUCAAAACAUAUCAUUACAGUAUAAACUGCGAAAGAUUAUAAAACAGUUUCGAAGAAUAAAUGAUUGUCGGAUAAUAUCAGUCUUUACGAUCACCAAAAACCCAUUAUCAAUGACCACAAAUGGCCCAUGAAUAGUUCAUUUCUGUGCUUUACUCUUUUAUGACUCCCUUGACAUCGACCCAGUGGAGAGAGAAAAACAAAAAAGGAGCACAAAUAUUUCCACAUCACUUUUUGUUUUGCUAAUUACGAAUUGUGCAAAUUUUUCAUUAUAUGAAAAGCCCACCUGGAGGAGAAAAGUGAAAAAAAAAGGUUUAUGGAAAUUCUGAUACUACUAGUCACUGAAUUUACCUGACUGGAGCUUUUGGGAUUCAGAAAUUGUGGAUAUUUCAAAAAAGAAAGAAGUUACAUGUGAAAAGACAAGAAAAAAGUGCUAAUUAAGAUUAAAUCUGAGGCCGACAGGUGGAAGGAAAAAUCUAAAAUGCUUUUCUCCGAAAGUAAUCCCAAACUGAAUACCCAGAAAUGUGACGACUUUAUUACCUUCUGUUGAAAAAAAGUGAAA